UCUAAAGUAUACAUUGAACUUCAAAGCUCAUAUCUUAAUAAGGUUUUGUUUAUAAACAAAAAUGGAUGUGGAAGUAAAAAUAAAAGAUGACAUGAAGAAGCUGGGCUGUAAAUGCGAUAAGAAAAUUGUGUUAGCUUACCAUUUAUACAUACAUCUUGUUGACGAGAAGCUGAUGUAUGAUACAGAAUACUGUUAUAAUAAAGACAUAGACACCAUGUAUAUAGUGGCUCGGCCGAGGAAGAAUGAGAAAUUAAAUAUUUAUGUGCCUGUACUAACAAGUGAAGACAUCAAUAUGGACUUCAUAAGUAUAUUGCAAGAAAAUUUGUGUACCGUAGAAACGGGGCCGAGAGUCAUCUUAGCAUUUAUCGAAGCUGACUUUACUAUAGUAAUUUACACGUUCACCAAAGGUCUGGCGGAACGCCGGUCACCUGAGCGUAUAACACAAAUGAGGCUGAAGGAAGAAAAACGCAAUUUCAUCAACACAGAGCUCAAGAAAAAUAAAAAUCAGAUAUUAAAUGAUGCAUUAAAUGGUGGGGUUGUUGAUGAUGAUUGUGAGGUAUUAGAAUAGCAAUGGACACAAUUUUAUUAUUUAAAAUGUUUUUGUCUUUGUUCCUUAUUAAUUUAUAAAUAAUGUCAACAAAGGUAUGACCGACUUAUUUAUUUUUCACAGAAAAACUUGGAUGUAAUUUUUAAUAUUAGUUUAACUUUAUAUGCAGCAACUCAUUCAAUACUCAGGGUAUAUCCUGUAAUAAAAUUAAUAAUUCUUGUAAAUGUGUUUCGAAAUAUUCUAAUAUAUUUUCUAAAAACCUUAGAUGGCUGAGGGUUGAAGAUAAAAUGACUAUUUAUUAAUUGUAACCAGUGAGUACAUAAAAAUCAACGAGUCAGUUUCCACAGCGCUUUGUCAAAGAUCAAUGAUGAAAUAUUGUAUGUAUAUAUACAUAUAUAUAAUUCUCAAAAUCACUGAAACUUUAUCUUGUACUAUACAUACUUAACGAAACUUUGGUUAGAGUUCUAGAUUUUAUUGUGGUAGCAAUUGUUUUUAUAAUCACAAAUGUUAUAAUUAUGUAUACUAUAUAUAAAUCUGAUGAAAUCCAUGAGUAUGUCCGAUUCCAGAAGAUUCCAGAUUAGCGACCGAGUUUUAUGGAUUUGAAUGUGUUUGAUUAUAAAUGUGCCAUUGUGAGGCGAGGCUUUUGCUCAACCGAGGGAGCUGAUGGUGUACUGUUAUCAAACAAUAUCUUAUUUACAGAAAUAAAUAAAUAUUUCAAUAAAAUA